AUGCCGACGCCCGACCUCACCACUCCCACGACGCCGCUGCCAUAUAAACCAUACACAGGAGGUUCUCAUCCUCAAUACAUACCUCCUCAGUUUCCACCACAGCCUCCACCUCCAUCGACGGCGAUCCCAUCUCCCGGCCCAUCACUUUUACGGCGAGCAACGCGAUCUGUGAUGUGGGCGACGCUGUUCAGCGUGGUCGGCGUAGCAGCAGGCACGGCCUUGAUCACCUGGGAAUACCUACAGCCGCCGUUUGAGCCUGGAUCGCCCGAAGACGAAGAGCUGUCGGCCGAGAUCGUGGACACGUUGGAAAGCCAUCCGCUAGUCGAGGCGCUGCGGGACGAGGGCUGGGUCGAGGAAAAUUACUAUACGGGCAAGCUCCACGGGCCUGGUAAAGGGCAGCAUCUGGUGGCGCAGAAGCUCACGGGAACACGGGGGGUCACGAUGAAACUGUUUAAGCACCCGACACUGGAUUUCAGCAUGAUGGUGUUCUUUCUGGGGUUUGGCAUUGAAGGCUGGCCCGACGUGAUUCAUGGCGGUGUGAUCACAACUCUCUUGCAAGAAGGCAUCAAUCACCAGGUCGAGAGUCUCUACAAACAUUACGGAAGUCAGCACUCUCAGUUCAUUUCCGUUGAUUUCAAGAGGCCGAUGCGGCCGGGAGAUAUCUAUGCUGUUCUCGUUCCUCCGGCACAAUUGGAACUGCAGCUCAUGCCUGAAGUCUUCCAUUUGCAGAUGACUGCCAUGCUCGUCCAUCUGGAAUCUCCGCCCCGUAUAAGGCCAGAGCCAAGUGAAUCCGGAAUAGUCGACCGGACUUCUAUUGAGCUCGUAGGCAGGAGGCCUCAGGAACUCAUCCAUGCCCUGGCAACGGCUCAAGUCAGAAUGAUCCAAGAUGUGAGCGACGAUCGAAUGGCAGAAAUCGAGGCUAGAUUCGAAGAGGAACGUCGACUUCUGGAAGAGAGUGAACAAUCCGUGGAUGAGUGA